GGGGGGUGUGAGGGUGAGGGUGAGAAUAGGUUUUGAUAUAAUUGCACGACAGCCUAUCUUUCCCUCCGUUUCUCUCGAACUCUCUGACGUCUGCCUCUCCUUUUCUUCUGUCUACCCCUUUUGUUUCAUUCUUCUCCAUCCAGGGGGAAAUACAUUCUCUCAUUACUGUUUGAAUAUAGCUUCAUAUCCGUUAUGGUUAAUGUACCCUGAUUUCAUUCCCUUCUUUCUUCUGUUUUUACUAUUUUCAAGAGGAGCUGGACUCUCCUAUAAUACUCUUUUAAUUGCAGAAUUCGUUUUAAUUCUGACUUGAUUUUUUAUCCAUUCCUUAAUCGCGUCCGGGACUAUCUAUAUUGAUCUGCAACUGUCCAUUCCAUCCUUCACUUUAUAUUUACCCCCACGGGCUUACGAACGAACGCACGAACGCUUCUGGCAGGCCUCGGAAACUAAUAACGAUUUUUAAUUCAACCAAACGCCUUAAUUUUGAUUCUACCAAGGACUCGCUGCGGGCAUCGAGAUCAAGUUCAUUUUCUUUCUUCUGGGAAAUUAAAGAGCUUAUACAUACAAUUCUCUAGAAAUAUGUCAACAGGUGAAGUCGAGUACAGGAGCGCCCUGCAGCAGAGCGAAUAUAUAUCGUCUUCACAAGCCCUGUCAGAAGAUGUAGGCGGAUAUCUUGCUAGAUAUGAUGGUAUACCAAUUGGACAUGAUGGAGGGGUGCACCCAUCUGAGUAUCCGUGGACCUGUCUUCCAGUGCCGGUCAAGCAAGAGAAUCACCAUGCGAGGCAGCUAUAUGAUAGCAUAUACUCAUUACCGUUGGUGUCUAGCCCUCCAAAAUACCAGCCACAGCUCACAUAUGACACACAUGAGCCUGAUCAAACCCCUUUGACACAGAGAUUUGGAAUCUCUGAUGGCUAUGUCGGCGCUAACUCUCUACACAACGACCUGUAUAAGGCGGGUAUGGUAGAAAAUCAUGCUAUGCUCCCAUCAGUAGGCUCUGAGCUCAACAACCGAGCAUCUACUGAAGCCGAGUCAUUAUCGAGCUGGGAAAACUCUCCUAGACCGACCAUGGCACAAUUGACGGUUGACACAGCUGUUCCUACUACGCAGCCGCCAUCUGGGUUCGUCUCAGCAUCGAUAGGGUAUAAUGGCAUAUCUGCAUACUCAGAUAUACCGUCUUCAACUUCAGCUUUCACUCCCUGUAGCUCCCUAUACUACUCAAACACACCACUCUCGCCUUCAGCCUCGCCUCAAAGACAGCAGCAAUACCUAGACUCUCUCAAGUUUGAAUCGGGCGCCAUGACUGCCGUGUCUCCAGGAGCUCCUCGAACCCGGCAAUUGAGAAUUUACGGCUACGACGGCUGCGGAAGUGGAUGGAUACAGAGCCCUUCUUCCGCGAAUCCAACGUACCUUCCUCAGCCGCAUGGUAACACACCAUUUGCUGCAUCAUCAUCCCCUCUAGGGCAGAAACCAGACCACCACCCUCCUCCCCAGGCGGCUGAUACAUCUGAGGAGAAAGCAAAGUCAAAGGAGGCAGUGGAAGCCCUGCCUUUUCCGUUGCCAAAACCUCCAGCUGGCGCCAAAAAGACCAAGUCUGACUUGGCCACCCCGAAGCGCAAAACUAAGCGAGCUGUAUCUCGAAAAGUGUCCGGGAAGAGGCUGUGUCGGGCACAGCAUGAUAUCGGUCACUAUUCAAACCUGGCUGACCCUCCUGACUUGUUUGAACCGUUGAAGGAUAGACCAUCACAACCACCACCGGAAGACCUGUUCCCAUCUGACCCAGCGAUGAUUCCCUGGGAGCAGGAUCCUCGCUUUGAAGGCGACAUGUACACUCCCGCCUGGGUACGCGGACACGGAAACAAGCGUGAAGGCUGGUGCGGCAUCUGCAAGCCUGGACGCUGGCUUAUGCUCAAAAACUCCGGGUAUUGGUAUGACAAGAGUUUCACACAUGGCAUCAGUGCUACGACCGGGCAGGUAUUUAGUCCCCCGAAGCAGACUCGACGAAGCCAGGGCAACGCAAACAUCUGGGAGGGUCUUUGUGAGAACUGUGACUCGUGGGUUGGGCUGGUCAGUAGCAAGAAGAGAGGGACGACAUGGUUUCGCCAUGCUUAUAAGUGUUAUAAUGGCUGCAGCACCACCAGCAAGAGCAGCAAGGCUGAAGGCACGCUCAAGAAGCGACGAGCAAAUAUAGAGAGCGAUGACAACCGCCCUUCGACUCGACCCAGGCUGUCUUCAACACCGAUGGCUCGCAAGGCGAAGCCAGCCAUUCCAUCCUUUGCUUCCAAAGUAAGCAAAACUCCAACCACAUCCUAG